UUUUGUCUGACUUGGGUGAUGGUGACAUGUAUAUGUCCUUUGGUUUUGUCUGACUUGGGUGAUGGUGACAUGUAUAAGUCCUUUGGUUUUGUCUGACUUGGGUGAUGGUUACAUGUAUAAGUCCUUUGGUGUUGUCUGACUUGGGUGAUGGUUACAUGUAUAAGUCCUUUGGUGUUGUCUGACUUGGGUGAUGGUUACAUGUAUAAGUCCUUUGGUUUUGUCUGACUUGGGUGAUGGUUACAUGUAUAAGUCCUUUGGUGUUGUCUGACUUGGGUGAUGGUUAAGGCUCAUGUUCCACAUGGUUUACUUGUCAUGUCUUGUACAUAUCAUUAUGUAGGAAUUACUUCGGUCAAAGGAAACAGCAACUACAAUGGAAGCAACUUUGAAGAUGAAUACAAACAGAAACAGAGGGAGCGUAGUACCCUAUGAUUUUAAUCACGUACAGCUCCAAGAGAAGAGGGAAGGAUCCGACUAUGUCAAUGCCAGUUUUGUUUUGAAUCAAAGCUAUAUAAUGACACAGUACCCUCUUCCGAAGACAGUUGGACAUUUUUGGUGCAUGGUUUGGGAACAGAACUGUCCAUCAAUAGUAGCUCUUACUAGUGAUGAAGAAAAAAAUAAGGAGGAAUGGUAUUUCCCUGCAACCGAUGGAGCAGUCCGUACUGCUGGUGGUAUCGAUGUGGAACUCGUUGCAACGUUCAACGUACAAGAGAAAGUGGCAUUACGUAAAAUCAAGUUAUUUAAGGGAAAGCAGCAAAAGAAUGUAAAUCACUUUCAUGCAUACGGUCUGGAAAUGGUCAACAUGUCGGAGCAACUCCUUAAUUUCAUAAAUCUUGUAGCAUUAAACAAGGCUAAACCACAAGGCAACGGGCCGUAUGUUGUACACAGUGGAUGUGUCGGUAUAGACUACAGUGGAGUGUUUGUUCUGGUGGGUUACCUUGUUAAGUUAAUUGAGUCUGGUGUCAAUAGGAUUGACGUUUACGGAUCCACUCUCACUAUCAUGAACGGAAGAAUGGAUGCCCUCACCACAGAGGAACAAUAUGCUGUUAUUUACAUGUGCCUAAAGAGAUAUAUCAAUAACCAAUUACGACCUGGAAAGCAUCGUGCUGAUUUCGAAAGAAAGGAUGCAGCAAGUGCGUCCGAAUAUUCACCUUGAAAUAAACCUGGUCAGGAGAUUGUUUUUCCAUAUCAAGGAGAUUCACUGAACAGAGUAUCAAGGACUUUUUUUUAAAAAAAUACAAAUUUACGUAUAUUUAUGUAUU